AUGACUGCAAAAUCACAACAAUGUACUGAAAACCAACUGUCAACAAGUGGAUCAAGAGCACUUGACGAAUAUUGUCGUUAUUUCGCAAAUUUUAGCAAAGUUUUAGGAACAUAUGUAAAACUUCAUUAUCCACAAUUAAUAUUUGAUUUGGAACAUUUAUUAGAUGCUUCGUUUACUGUUUGGCAAAAACUAUCGGAUGAAGAAAAAGUAUCUUUGGCACAAUUUUUAGAAGAUAUAAGUAACAAUGAAAAUGGUAAUAAUCAGAAUAAGUCAGCAGCAGCAAAAUUAUUUGCAGCAAAACUUAAAUUUCCUUAUACAACAUUAUCGUCAACAACAUUGACAAGUUCUAAAAAUGGCAAUGAUGAUCGAUAUCAAACUGCGUUUUUAAACACUAUAAGUAUGAAUAGUUAUCCCAUGGUGAAUGAUAAUGAUGUACACCAACAUUCAAAAUCUAUAGUUGCCUCAUCGAAAUCUAUGACAUCGGUACCAAUAAAACAGCGGUCAAAAAUUACACCAUUUCAUAUUUUCUGUAAAGAUGAACGUAAAAAAUUAAUUUUUCGUCAUAAUAAACUGAAUAUACGAGAUAUUAAUCAUUUGUUAUCCGAAAAAUGGAAAAAAUUAUCAAUCCGUAUGAGAAAAUCGUAUGAAUAUCGUGCAUAUUUGACAAAAAAACAUCUAUUUAAACGGUACGAAAAAGAUGGUGCUUCCACAGAUACAUUUCGAUGUAUAUCAACCAAUAUUGAUCGUUAUCCCUAUCAUCAUUCUCAAUCAACAAAAAUAAAACGAUUAAAAUCAGUUCAUCAUCAUGCCACUAAACAUACGAUGAAAUCGAUUAAAAGCAUAUCAAAAAGACCGGUAAUUAAAAGUAAAAGAGUGUCAUUACAAGUAUCACCACAGCAAUUCUACAGGCAUCCAUCAUCUAAUGCAAACAGUGUGUUGAAUAAUAAACAAAAGCAGAAAUCAAAUACAUCAAGACAAGGUUCAACUAGGAAAAAGAAUAUCAAAAGUAGAACAACGGCAAGGCAAUGA